AUGGCAACUAUCCUAGUCACUGGUGCAAAUCGUGGGAUUGGUUACGCCAUUGUGCAAGCCAUCGCUACCCGCCUCCCUUCAUCGACCAUCGUACUCGGGUGUCGCAGAAAGGAUACAGCACUAGAAGCGAUUACAUCACUAAUUGAUAGUGGAAUAAAGGGUAAAUUUGGACAUGUCGAGUUGGAUAUUGAGAACGACGCUUCUAUCGAAGCAGCCGUGUCAUCUCUGGAGCGAGAAUAUGGGAAACUAGACGUUCUUAUCAACAACGCUGGCAAGGUUGAGCGAAGAUCAUCAGAUAACCUGGCGGAUAUUCGAGCAGCAUCUAAUUCUUGCUACAAUAACCUUAUCACCAGCAACGCUGUUGUCACGCACGCCUUUGGUAAACUGCUAAGGAAGAGUCCUGACCCAAGAGUCAUCAUGAUCUCGAGCGCUCGCGGCAGUAUGGGCAGAACAAACAAUAGAGAGCUCCCUCCUGUUGCCAAUAUCGAUUACUGCGUUUCUAAGGCCGGUCUUAAUAUGCUCAUAUUGCACUUGCAAGCUGCCGAGAAUCACAGUGUGGAUGAACCUAAGAUAGCAUUCUGGGCUGUGAGUCCAGGACACUGCAAGACGGCUUUUAACGGCUACAAGGGCAAGAAAGAUCCCUUAGAAGGGGCCGAGGCGGUGGUAAGGUUGCUUGAGUCGGCUAAGGGGGACUUUGAACCAGGGACGUUUUGGGAGUAUGAGAAUGGUAACUUCCAGCAAGUUCCUUGGUAA